AUGAGUCACGAACUAAACGAAGAUAUUAAUGAGGAGGAGACAUGUGAAGAAGAAACUUCCUGUUAUACACCAAUUCAAAAACUUGAGGAAUUUGGUAUUAACGCGUCGGACAUUAAAAAACUUACAGAGAGCGGUUUUCAUACGGUUCAAUCUGUAGCGUUUUCCCCACGAAAAGUUUUGCUAAACAUUAAAGGAAUUUCAGAAGCCAAAGUAGAUAAAAUUCAAGGAGAAGCCUACAAGCUAUCACCAAUGGGUUUUCUCACAGCAACAGAAAUCCAGGCAAAAAGACGCGAUAACCUUUUUAUAACGACGGGAUCAAAAGAGUUGGAUAAACUUCUUGGAGGUGGUAUUGAAACUGGAUCAAUCACUGAAAUAUUUGGGGAGUUUAGGACUGGAAAGUCUCAAAUUUGUCAUACAUUAUCUGUAGCAUGUCAGCUUCCCAUUGAAUAUAACGGUGCCGAGGGAAGAUGCAUCUAUAUCGACACUGAAGGUACUUUCCGUCCUGAAAGAUUGGUGGCCAUGGCAGAAAGAUUCGGAUUGGUCGGUGAUGAAACUUUGGACAAUGUAGCUAUUGCGAGAGCUUAUAAUACUGAUCAUCAGAUGAAUCUUUUGGUACAUGCCGCUGGCAUGAUGGCGGAAUCGAGAUUUGCUUUGUUAAUUGUCGAUAGUGUUACAGCGUUAUACAGAACAGAUUUCUCUGGUCGUGGGGAACUUGCUGCGCGUCAAAUGCAUUUGGCCAAAUUCUUGCGAUAUCUUCAGCGUUUAGCUGAUGAGUUCGGAAUUGCUGUUGUUAUAACAAAUCAAGUUGUAGCCAGUGUUGACGGUGCUGCUAGCAUGUUUGGUGGUGAUACAAAGAAACCCAUUGGAGGAAAUAUUAUUGCCCACACUUCCACCACAAGGCUUUAUUUGCGUAAAG